UCAAAAUGGCGGCUGAUGCUUCGGCUUUCAACAAAAAAGCAAAAUCGCCUUCAAAAGCCGGCCACCAGUUUAGUUUUCUUCGCCAAAAGGCUCCAGAAGAUAAAGAAGGAGACGAUGAAGAUGAUGAUGAUUUGUUUGACAGUGAAAAACUUAAGACUCGCUUGAUGUCGGCCUGGAAUAACAUGAGAUAUGGUCUUUCCAUUCCAUCGAAAUCAACAUUCAAUGAAGAUUCGCCAAUUUGGCUUCUUGGACGUUGUUAUCAUGCAAAGAACUAUGAAUUUUGCACUUCAGAGACAAAAGAACGAUGUAAAAUCCUGAGUAUGGAUGAGUUUAAGCAACACUUUAUGUCUCUAAUAUGGCUUACAUACAGAAGGGAGUUCACCCAGCUGAAUGGUUCAACCUUGACGUCAGACUGUGGGUGGGGUUGUAUGCUGAGAAGUGGACAAAUGAUGCUAGCAUCAGGACUAAUAUUUCAUUUUCUUAAAAAAGACUGGAGAGUAACUGGACGAUGCAAUUCAACAGAACAAGAUCACUACUACAGAAAUAUCUUGCGAUUCUUUGGUGAUCAUGAUGACGAGGAAAGAAGUCCCUUUUCCCUUCAUCGUCUGGUUCUGUUUGGUCAACAUGCUGGCAAGCAGGCUGGAGACUGGUAUGGCCCUUCAUCUGUGGCUCAUAUUUUGAAAAAAGCAAUGGAUACUGCUACCCAUCCACUUCUUCACGAUAUCAACAUUUAUGUUGCUCAGGACUGCACAGUAUAUAAAGAAGAAGUAGAAUAUGUAUGUACAAACUGCAGGAUGCAUCAGGGCAAAUGUAAUCGUAAUGGUGAAUGGCAGUCUGUUAUUAUUCUUGUUCCAGUCAGAUUAGGUGGAGAAGCUAUGAAUUCGAUUUAUAUUCCAUGUGUUAAGGCCCUGUUCACUUUGGAUCAGUGUAUUGGUAUUAUUGGAGGACGACCAAAGCAUUCUUUGUACUUUGUAGGAUUUCAAGAGGACAAAAUGAUUCACUUGGAUCCUCAUUACUGUCAGCCCUUCGUAGAUAUGAAACAAAAGGAUUUUGCAUCAGAGUCAUUCCACUGCCCGCACCCUCGUAAAAUGUCCAUCAAGAAGAUGGAUCCCUCCUGUACUAUUGGAUUUUAUUGCAGUUCAAAGAAAGAUUUUGAGUCGUUUUGUGCUCAUGCUUCUGAGAUAUUAAAGCCACCAAUGCAAAAAGGAGACUACCCAAUGUUUAUUUUUGCCGAUAAAAGAACUCCAAUGGCGCCAGAAGCCUCCGUACGAGCGGUGAGAUACUCCGAAAGUUUCACCGAUCACAAAUAUCCACCAGAAACUGAUCAUGACCACAAAAUGUUGAGUCGAAGUCCGGCUACUGAAGAAUACGUUUUACUAUGAAUUGAACUUCUAUUUUAUAUUGAAUGCAUGCAUUGUGUAAAGCAAGGGCUUCAAAAGGUAGGGAUUAGACAGAAUUUACAUAAAUAUGUAAAAUUCGCAUGAUAUACCGCUGUGUUCUUUGAUUGCGGACUCGUUUACUUAGGGUUAGCCUCAUUCUGAGGGUCAAAAUAUUCACAAAUACCACAGGCAGCCCAAAAAUCAAAAAUUUCAAUAAAAUCAUUGAAACGUGAAAUAAAGCCUCGAAAUUUUACCCGAUCA